AUGAGCAGUUUUUAUAGCGCCAGUCAAUUCAUGAACCCAGGCCCUGCUCCUCGUCCUCCGACGGAUCGACCUCGACAGCUCGACCUCCAGCGCUCAAACACGGCCAUACCGACAAAUACUUUUGAUUCCCUAUCAUUGGGAGGACCGGCCUCCCCGGCGGUCAGUACUCCUAGUGCUCCAUACUUCUCAAAUGGUAGUUCUUUGUCGCUCGCAGGCAUGGGAAAACCCUCCGGCCCUGUCACCAUAAUCAAGGAAGGACACGUGCGGUGCAAAGAAGACAAGUUUCUGUCGCAAUGGAACCAACGAUACCUGAUUUUGCGCGAGUUCAGAUUAGAUUUCAUGAAAAGUGAAAACGGAAAAUUGAUGCAGUCAAUCCCCUUAAACACUGUGACCGGUGUGACCCGCUCGGAGGAUACCCGUAUGGCAUUUGAAAUUGUCCGGAUCGCCAAUCCCAAGGACGCGGGCGGUAAAAUCACCAUGAGCCGCGACUUACCCACUCGGACAAUGACAUGUGAAGUCCGCAACGACGACGAAAUAUACGAUUGGAUCGACAAAAUCUAUGAACGAUGCCCCGGAAUGGGAGGUGUCAGUAACCCGACCAACUUCAGUCAUCGCAUCCAUGUUGGCUUUGACCCUCAAACCGGUGGAUUUGUCGGAUUGCCGCAAGAAUGGGAGAAACUUUUGAACAGUUCGGCCAUCACAAGAGAUGAUUACAAAAAGAAUCCACAAGCCGUUAUCGAAGUCCUUCAGUUCGUCUCGGACCAAAAGGUGCGAGAACAACAUCCCGAAAUGUACUCCCAUGGAAUGGUCACUCCACCGGCAUCUCAACCUAACAAGCCACUUGGUUUCCCGGCCGGCGGCAAUAACGUUGCUCCUCCGAGACCAGCUCCUCCCACAGAUGCGCAGCGGUACAAUACCAAUCAAUUUAUGAACAAGUACCAAGAUGGACAAGUCCGGUCAGGGACGCCUCCUAUCAAACCUCAGCUACAGCGAGCGCAAACAGACAAAGGGGCGUAUGAUAUGGAAGCCGAUGCGGCGCGGAUCAAAGAGAUUGCCAAUCAAGAGCAGAAGCGUCGUCAGAUGGAGGCGGAAGCCAAACGAGCACGUGAUUUGGAAAGACAGCGAGAGCAGGAACGCGAGGAGGCCGAGCGCAACCGGAAAGAACAAGAAGCAUACAACGCUUCCUUGCCCAAAACUCGCCCACCUUUGGCUCAACAAGAAAUCGGAGGUUUUGGAGGCGGCUCUGAUCGCGGUCCCAGUCGACAGGAUCCCAGGUACAGCCCGGCUAGAGCCGCUCCAAGUGCUCCUCAGCAGUCCCCAUCAGGGCCUCUAAGACAACAGCCGACAGCACAGAGACCAGCGCCUCCGGCCCCCACGAACAGUUCCCAGAAAUCCAUUCCCCAGUCUGCAUCCGCCAGUCAAAAUUCUCUACGCUCACCGGAGAAUAGGGACCGAGAUCGGCAGCCGUCGCCUAAUGCACGAUAUCAACCAGAACGGGAAGCGCCACGGAAGGAGACGGCUCCGAAGCAGCAGGCCAAUGGCAUGAAUGGGCAAUCUAACAAUGGUCGAAUGCAAGGAUCUGUACAACAACCCAAACCUCUUAAUGUCGCCAAACAGCCUCAGACCAAGCCUGCCACGGAUCCCCGCAAAGACGCGGAGGUUGCGUUGACUGCAAAGAAGCCUGUCGAAGAACGAGCGAAGGAAGUUCGAAUGUCUAGCAUGAGCGAGAGCGAAGUCAUGGCCAAACUAAAGCAAGUGGUCUCCAGAGACAAUCCGAUGGACUCAUACAGCAAGCAGAAGAAGAUUGGUCAGGGUGCAUCGGGAUCGGUGUAUGUUGCAAGGGUAAAAGAAAGCGCCACGUCUCCAGUCGCGCGCGAACUUUAUCGGACGCAUGGACCCAAGGGACAAGUGGCCAUCAAACAGAUGGAUCUACGGAACCAGCCCCGAAAGGAACUAAUUGUCAACGAAAUCAUUGUCAUGAAGGACUCAAAACAUCCCAAUAUUGUCAACUUUCUCGAUUCUUUUCUACAAGAGCAGAACAACGAAUUGUGGGUGGUAAUGGAAUUCAUGGAAGGUGGAGCGCUCACAGAUGUCAUCGACAACAACCCAGUGAUCACAGAAGAUCAGAUUGCCACUAUUUGCUACGAAACCUGCAAAGGAUUGGCUCAUUUGCAUUCCCAAGACAUUAUCCAUCGAGACAUUAAGAGUGACAAUGUGUUGCUCGACCGAGUCGGAAAUGUCAAGAUCACUGAUUUCGGAUUUUGUGCUAAGCUUACCGAAUCCAAGAACAAGCGCGCUACCAUGGUCGGUACCCCGUACUGGAUGGCACCCGAAGUGGUGAAACAAAAGGAAUACGGUCCAAAGGUCGACAUUUGGUCACUCGGCAUUAUGGCCAUUGAAAUGAUCGAAUCCGAACCGCCAUAUCUGAACGAAGAACCUCUCAAGGCCCUCUUCUUGAUUGCGACAAACGGCACCCCACGUCUAAAGAACCCUAACAAGCUUUCUCGUGAACUCAAGUCAUUCUUGAGCGUAUGUCUCUGCGUCGAUGUUAGGAGCCGAGCAAGUGCAGACGAGCUAUUGCGAAAUGAGUUUAUGCGAAUGGGCUGCAGUCUGGCAAGCCUGAGUGAACUACUCAAAUGGCGAGAAAAGGGCCGUCAGUGA